AUGCUCAAUGAAAUUUUAGCUAUAGAGAAGGACCUGUGGUCUGGGGUUUGUGGAGACAUUUUCUCUUUCACCGCCUCUUCGCCCUCCUUUUUCUUACCCGGCGUUCUGCUCCUACUCGACCUGCUUCCUCUCCCAUUGCCUAUCAAGACUCUGCGAACCCUGUCGGUAUGCGAUCGGAAGGCUAUGACAGCCUCACGAGACUGGUGGUGUCGUCACUUGUCAUGUCUUUCUGUCGAAGUAUGCGGUCUUGUUGAAUUGCUGAGUCCCAGCCCUCCAGGUGGACCACUGCACAGUGCCCUUCGGCGCUUUGUUGAUCGUGUGACCAAUCUUGGCUCUACCAACAUUGCACUGAUGCUCGCAAACUCCGCUCUUGAUACCUGCCUCGAGGUCUGCGCCGGAAACACUUCGAAGAGUCCUGUGGCCUCCUCGCCUUCGAGGGACUUGAGUGGGGAACAACAGCAGACUGGAGCGAAAGAUGAUUCCACUUGCAAAGAUCAGACAGGUGAUGGAGCGAGCACAACCGAACUGAGUUUGCCACCGAACAUUCAGACACUAACGGUAGGAAGCACCUUGGUUCUGGGUGCACAAACGUCUCUCUGUCUACAGGGGCAACCUUCAACCUCCGCAUGUGCCACAACGAACGAGGAUCAGUUCACGAAGAUCCAAUUUUGUACUGUUGGAGACCCAUCGGAGAUAAUGCACUCGUUGUCACUACUUUGCUUUAUCCUUCAACAUCCAGUUUGCAAACAGGCCUUCCUUGACAUUCUUUACAAGGACUCACUGCAAGCUGGUGGUCGAGUCAACAGCGAACAGACACCAACAAGAGGUCAGCGUCUUCUUGUGGUUUUUACGAGCAUCCUGGAGGCCUACACAGACAGUCGAUCGCACGUGGAAGUUCAGACUAAGUUGAUUGACUGCAUUGAUUGUCUGCUGGACCCGAGUAUAGGCAUGGAAGAGCCUGAUUCAACUCACAGACAAAGCCACUCUACAUUUGACUUCGCUAAUCAUCUGCCUCCGAUAGGGUGGUUAAUGGACAUUGUGGCCGGCAUUUUGGCUCACUUAGAUCAUCCAGAACGGGAUUUGGUUUCCGUUCCUCCGGUGCUGCGCGUUCUCUACCGCCUCUCUAUGAGCGACUUUGGCUUCUCUAUUGUCCAGAGGCAGUUAAGCAUCAAGAAGUACGAACGUGUAUUCGCCAAUGUCCUCCAACGAGUUAACGACUCCUUUAGUGCAGAAAACCCUGACUGCAGGGCAACCCUCAGUUUCUUUCUGCUUCUCGUGAGCGCCCUUUUGGGGGAUCCAAUUUUUGCGGAAGAGGCCAAUCUGGCAAUCGGCGAGGAGACUUUGAUUUCCCCUUCUCCCACAACUAGUGGUUAUCUAAGUGAGCGAGAACUGCGUCUAUCCACACUGCGACUGAAGCAACUUCUCUGUUGGACUGAGAAAUGUGGCGAAAAGAGGACCGGCAACCCUAUUGAGGAUUUGACCUCGUGCCUUGAUAUUCUGGCAAAUGAACAAUCCUCCUUGCGACCCCUUCGUGAGGGCAUGAAGAGUCUGCUACAUCUUCUCGCAGGGGUUGAGGACAUCUGUGAUCAGACUCAUGACGACUUCGACUCGCAGCCGAUUCCGCCUCCCAGCCUUCCUGAACCAGUAGGCUUCACCAAACUCUUUGCCCUCUCAGCAUGCAGCGAAACGUGUAGUGUCAACCAGUCCGACGAUUUGGCAACUUCUCGCUCGGCCCUCAAGAGUAUGCUUCUUUUGCCCUCCUUGAAGUUUGAAAAAAAGCACCAUCUUGGGUUAAAAACACUCAAUCUGAGUGAGUACGCCGCAGAGAUUUGCCCCGGAAUCGAUUUGAAGCUGGAGCUGGCGACGUCAGCAGCGUUUGGCCCUCGAAAGCGCCACAACUAUGAUAUCGAAGCGACCAUCCAACACCAGAGACGGCGGAGGGGGCAGGCCUCAGCCAUCAUUCAGACCGGAAGGUCUGCCAAGAAAUAUGUUGCCCCAAUGCGUGGUCGGGGAUUUACUAUUCGACAGACUGCACCUUCCGCAGGUAGCGGGUCCAGCUUGUUGGGACCGGGUCUGCUGGGUGUCGGUGCUGGAGCUGGUAGUGCCGGCGGGCGGGCAGACAUUUUUCGCUCGAGGCCGCAAAACACCAGUCGACCUCCAAGCCUCCACGUGGAUGACUUCAACAAGCUGGAGAAAGGCGAAGCUGAAAGCCAUGAGCCGUCUUAUGGACGGGAUGGAGGAAUUCGUACUCUCCGUGAUGGCUCAGCAGCAGCAGCCAGAGGGGGUCGUGGGGGCGCUAUAGCCGGCACCGGUAGCGGAGGCAGAGUCCUCUCCAGCCUGCCGUUCGUCGGCGCAACUCCAACUAGCAGCAUACUGCCGACGCCGGUCGGUGCGUCGCCUGCCAACCUGCUUCAGUCGUGGGCCGCCGGCGCCCGGUCACUCCUUAAAGUCCUGUAUAAUCCAUUCGCCUACUGUGGGUUUCGCAUCAUAGGCUCGCUGCUCAUCCACUUUGCCUUCUCCACCCCCCCAUAG